AUGGAGGGAAUACGUGACCGACUUGACUAUUGUGGCAAUUGUGGCAACGAGUGGGAUUAUGCGAAUGGCAACAGCGGCACUGCAUGGCAACAGUGGCACUGCAUGGCAACAGCGGCACUGCAUGGCAACAGUGGCACUGCAUGGCAAGUUGCAAUAGAACAGCUGUGCAAGGAGCAUGGUGAGAGGCAGGUGUGCAAGGAGCAUGGUGAGAGGCAGGUGUGCAAGGAGCAUGGUGAGAGGCAGGUGUGCAAGGAGCAUGGUGAGAGGCAGGUGUGCAAGGAGCAUGGUGAGAGGCAGGUGUGCAAGGAGCAUGGUGAGAGGCAGGUGUGCAAGGAGCAUGGUGAGAGGCAUGUGUGCAAGGAGCAUGGUGAGAGGCAGGUGUGCAAGGAGCAUGGUGAGAGGCAGGUGUGCAAGGAGCAUGGUGAGAGGCAGGUGUGCAAGGAGCAUGGUGAGAGGCAGGUGUGCAAGGAGCAUGGUGAGAGGCAGGUGUGCAAGGAGCAUGGUGAGAGGCAGGUGUGCAAGGAGCAUGGUGAGAGGCAGGUGUGCAAGGAGCAUGGUGAGAGGCAUGUGUGCAAGGAGCAUGGUGAGAGGCAGGUGUGCAAGGAGCAUGGUGAGAGGCAGGUGUGCAAGGAGCAUGGUGAGAGGCAGUAG